AUGGCUACCGUGUCAGAAGCCGCCCGCGGCCGGGAAACAUUCAGAUAUGCCGCCCCGCAGCUCAUGAACCUAUCCUACCAGACGGGACCGACGCUCCAAUCCUCGGCGCAUCUCACAUCCAGCGACACCGUCCUGACCGGCUUGGCCCAGCUGGCAGCGCUGCGCUUCAACGCUUCUCGCGCCAUCAUAUCCCUUUUCGACCAGAGCUGGCAGUACGUGGUUGCCGAGGCCACCCCUCAAGGUCCCCUCUCGCCGUCAACACUUUGUCGCCAAGGUUCUGAUCGGCUCCUGCUAUGCGGCCUCGCUGUGCCCCGUUCGGUCUCCAUGUGCGAGCAUGUUCUCCAGAACACGCUUGGCGCGUCCCAGCCCACCGACCCCAGAUCUUUGCCUGUGUCCGUCAUCUCGGAUCUGUCCGAGGAGCUGCGCCUGUCCGAGAAUCCGUACUUCAAGGACUGGCCACAUCGCUUUUACGCGGCCACCCCCCUCCGGACCGCCAGGGGCAUCAACAUCGGCGUGCUGAGCGUAUAUGGCGCUGAGGCCAGAAAGGAACUGGACGAGGCCUCGAUUGCGCUGAUGCAGGAUUUGUCCCAAUCAGUCAUGACUUACUUGGGCGCCAUACGCUCUAGGGAUGGCCAUCGUCGCGCCGAUCGUAUGGUCCGCGGUGUCGGCUCGUUUGUCGAAGGCCAGGCUAGCCUGGCCGGCUGGCAGGAGGGCCCUAAUGUCGACUCGUUCAAGGACGACUUCAGGCUCGAGGGCUCGCUCAACGCGAAGCAGCAGACCCUCCAAGAGAAACAGCGGGUUGAAGUAGACAGCCCUGACGGGAGUCUGAACGGGAUUCUGGACACAGAGACGCCGUCUUCCCCUUCUGUGGAGACCAACACCACUCUCAGCCGGCGUCUUGAGGCUGUCGUCAUAGUAGAUUCCCCGAAACCGGAAGAAAACCCCGAGAUGAGCAACCUGAAACAUAUUCUCUCCAAGGCGGCAAAUGUGUUGAGAGAGUCUGUCGAGGUUGAAGGCGUUCUGUUCCUGGAUGCAGCGAUUUCGUCCUUUGGUGGCGAUGUCACUCGCACAGAUAACAUGCAUGGUACCGAGUCGUCGAGCAGUGAUGAGGGAAGAGCCUUUCAGUCAUCCUUUGCCCAGGAUGCGCCUUGUCGUGUGCUUGGAUUCUCCGAUUCUCUGCGCUCCAGCGUCGAUGGUGCACCGGGGUCGACAGUCAUACCCGAAAAGUAUUUGAGUAAGCUUCUCCGACGGUAUCCCCACGGCAAGAUUUUCAAUUUCGAUGGGAACGGCUCCUUGCAGUCAUCAGACUCCAGUGAUGAUGCCUCCUCGGUUCCUUUGACCCCCUCUCCGUCUACACAAGUCUCGCAGCCUGAGAAUGCUAGACCACAGCCCGUUAGAAGCAAAUCAUGGUCUAGAAAGAACGACGGGACGAAUAUCAUCUCACUUUUCCCGGGGGCUCGGAGCGUGGCAUUUUUCCCCGUGUGGGACGCACACAGGCAACGCUGGCUCGCCGGCGGGUUUGCCUACACCAAAACAGCAACCCGUACCUUCACAGUCGAAGGCGAGCUUAGUUAUUUGAUCGCAUUCGCGAGCAUAGCAACGGCCGAAGUCCAGCGCGCACGCGAAAUGCUCCUCAACAAAACAAAGACGGAUCUCCUUGGCUCCCUGUCCCACGAAUUACGCUCUCCUCUUCACGGCAUUGUUCUCGGUGCUGAGCUCCUCCAAGACACAGAGAUGGAUGUAUUCCAGAAGGACGUUCUCAACUCGAUCGAGAAUUGCAGCCGCACCCUUGUAGAUACCAUCGAUCACCUUCUCGACUGGACUAAAAUAAACAAGUUCAAAACAUCUACCACAGACCGCCGGAACAGUAUCCGGGGGAAACGUGGCGUCUCUUCCAGUAACGACGUGUCCAUCGAGACUGGCAUGAUGAGUAUUACUUCAGAUGUCGAGGUCGAUGUUGUCGCAGAGCAGGUUGUGGAAAGCGUCUUCGCGGGCCAUUGCUUUCAGACUCAGUCUGUAACACGGCUCGUCGAUGGGCAGGGGUCCCAGGACGCGGAUAUGGAUGCCAUGCGCAGACUUGAUAGUGCGAAGGCUAUAGAGGCUUUAGGUAUCCGCGGUAGGUCUGGCCAGAUUCAGGUUGUGUUGGGAGAUGUUGUGGUCAGCCUCGAUAUCAAUGCUAAUUCGCGCUGGGCAUUCACCACUCAGCCGGGGGCGAUCCGGCGGAUACUGCUCAAUGUUUUGGGCAAUGCACUGAAGUUCACAGCACGCGGAUCCGUCAAGAUUACCCUACACCAAGAGCCACUGGCUGGGAAACCACAAAACAAGCGCAUGGUCUGCUUUACAGUGGCAGAUACCGGUUGUGGCAUGUCCCAAGAAUUUUUGCACCAUCGCCUCUUCCGGCCGUUCUCACAAGUAGAUAGCUUGACUCCCGGCACGGGUCUUGGUCUUAGCCUGGUGCAUAAGAUUGUCGGUGCCAUGGGUGGUUCGAUACAUGUACGAAGUAAACUCGGCGUGGGAUCGACAGUGGUUGUAAAAGUUCCACUCAGAAAGACGCUGCCGCCAACGCCCGGGGGCUCUUUGCCAACUGAUACACAGGCUGAGUUUCGGGCCCAGGUGUGUGAACUGAAGGGACUGCGCGUUGCCAUUACUGGCUAUUCGUCCGUCGAAGGGAUACCCUCUACCGACGUUGCCAUGCAGGCCCUGACUGACGAACACGCCAUGUUGGUAAAGGUUUGCAAAGAAUGGCUACAUAUGCACAUCAUUGAGCCCAGUGAAGCCAACCAUCUUCUACCGGACCUUAUUCUGUGCGGAGCGCACCAUUUAGAUCAACUUGUGGCGCGGGACCAUACUUCAACCCCGACAGUCGCGAUAUGUCGCAGCGCUCUAGCUGCACGACAAUUAUCUACAUCUCCUCGGUUCAUGCGUAAGGAUGGUGUGGGUGUUGUCGACUUCAUUUCACAGCCCCUUGGUCCUCGAAAGCUUGCGAAGAUCCUUCUCCAGUGCUUUAAGCGCUGGUCAAAGCUCCAGGAGUCCGCUCUAUCGACGCAAGUACCAUCCGAAUUCGACGUUGCAGAGACAGCAAGCCCUACGGACACGUCGAAGACGUCGCCGGAUGUAGGCCCAGAAUACCUUCCCGAACCCGACGUCGAACCUAACGGAGUUGUCGACGACCAUGCAGCGGAGCUCCCACCUUCUUUGCCGAAGGGCCCAACAGAACCUUGGUCGAUAUCGACUGAGCAGCAACCCAAAGAGUUGCAGCGCACAGAACCACAGCACAUGGAGCUGGAACAGUUCCCCUCAGAGGGUAGUACUCCUAGAGGGAAGACCGGAUCACCGGUCGUUCCUGUCGCUCGUUAUUUACUUGUCGAGGAUAACGCAAUCAACCUCAAAAUACUCACCGUAUACAUGAAAAAACUCGGUCGCGUGUAUGAGACAGCCUCAAAUGGUCUUGAGGCCUUGGAGACGUUCAAAAAAGGCAACGGCCAGUUCAAGUGCAUCCUUAUGGAUAUUUCAAUGCCUGUCAUGGACGGCUUCGAAUCUGCUAGGCACAUACGCGCGUUCGAGCGUGACAAGCAGCUUCCCCGCUGCGCCAUUUACGCCCUGACGGGAUUGGCUUCCGAUGAUGCGCAGCAAGAGGCAUUUGCGAGCGGCCUGGACCUGUUUCUGACGAAACCGGUCAAGCUCGCAGAACUCUCUCAAAUUAUAGGAAGGGGAACGAGGGACGAUCAAAGAGGCACACCGGAUAUGAUUUAG